AUGAUACGUGGGAGGGGUGCAGGUUCAUCGUUAGCCGCCUCUACUAUAGUAGUAAGUUCUAGCUCCAGCAUCUGUUGUACCAGCGGAGAAGAAUCCUGUUCAAAAAACGUCAUGCCAGGGUCUGUACGUAUCCUGAGGAAAAACGUUCCCACGCGUCCAUAAUGUUCUAGUAAAAAAUGGAAGAUGAUUUUUUGCUACACAAGCCAGGUAGAGAUUUUGGCUGCCGUGCAUGACAACUUUGGGUCUGUAGGGCAGUAAUGGUAUGUCCCUGUGGCAACCGCAUAAGUAGAAACCGACUGCCUAAAUCUGAUUCGAGCAUGACGAAUUUCCAGAUAGCAUUUUCACAAAAUGCUCCAGCACAUGGAGCUGCUGUGAAUGAGACAGACACGACAAUGCGGGCAUAUUGUAGAUUUGCAUCACAAGACUGGCGCGGUGCGGUUUUAUUCAGGAUAGAUGAUACAUCGACGAUCAUCCUCGUUAAGACUACGCCGAGUUUGGGCUCCUGCAAGCUUAUGCAGGCUGCAACUAAAUCAUGUCUGGGUCGUCAAGACGAAAACAAUAUCAGGUGGACGUUGUGGCGCUCUCUGUCAGGCACAACGACGCACAAAGCUGUCAUGCAGGGCGGGUGACAUCAAGAUGAAAUUUCAAGAAAAGGAAAAGGCUUCUGUCCACUUGAUCUUCAUCAGGCUACCGGUUGAUGCUAGGACUUCAACAAGAUCUUCAGCAAGAGGUUCGUCCCUCCUGCAGUAGAGUAAGCAUAGAUAAUUGCGCCGCCCUCGCAAAGGGAUGAAAACCUGUGGUCAUGCUGGGAAAAAAUCGUGAACCCUAGACUACAUGAUCACGUGCAUGGGCCAUGCAAGAACAAGAUCGAAAUUCGCAUACUUAACAAGCAUCUGCUUUUUUGCUAUUCCGGACCAGGACCCAGAUAUUAACGUAUUUGCAGUUGAUAAUGUUGCUGUUGCGACAACCACAACCAGCAGAGACGCAGGCGGAGCAUCUCCUCCAGAGAACGAAACGCAGCC